UUAGUAACCUGGUUAUCUUUUCAUACCCUUGUCCAACGGUUCCUUACACAGAUGAAUACAGAAACUUUGGGAUUCUAUGGAAUUGUAGUGGCCUCAAUAUAGCCAGACUACAAGAAAACAUACCACAGGAGUUAAUUAAUCGCAACGUGACUUUGGAUUUGUCAUUUAAUAAAUUUUUUACUUUAACAGAACAAUUCUUUGAAAAUCUGGCCGCGGUAUCAGUUGUGACAUCUAUUAUCCCGAGUCAUAACAAAAUUACAAAAAUCGAAAACAAAGCCUUCAGCAGUCUAGAUCUUUCAAGUUGUGAGCUUCAUAAAAACGGAAUAGAAGUUGAAGCUUUCUACUAUUUACACAAUCUGAAGUACCUUCGAAUUGAUCGAAAUAAUUUUCAGUCAGAUGGAUACCCGGACAUUGCUCUUUCUGCAAUUCGGUCAUUGUCCAGUCUUCAUAUCGACAUUUUCAGCGGAUUUUCAUUCACACCACCGUUUGAAAACUUAACAAACUUAUCUGAAUUACAGUUUCAUAUUUUAAAUGAUUUCAGUUUAACAAAUGCCUCCUUUUUAGGACUUUGGCGCUCCAAAAUUAAUCAUCUUAAUAUGCUUUUUAAAAAUCACGUGUUUUGUGACGUUACCGAAGAUCUAUUUUGUUCCUUUCCAUAUCUAACAGAAGAGGUAACAAUUGACUUUGGUGGAAAAUUUGACAUGACUCCGGCCUUGCGCUCUCUAAAAUGUUUCCAGCAUCGCAAUAUUGGUGGAAUUUUUAUCUAUGAAAACAGGAAAUAUAUUGAAAACAGUAUCAUAGUUUUGGUUGUCGGAAUAUCUUAUCAAUAUAUGUGUCCGUGCCCUAUCGUUACGACAGAACGCCAUUUACUCUAUAAAAAAUAAUAUUUCCAAUACAAUUUUAUGGAAUUAUCAACAGUAUAUGGAUGUUAGUGGAAAUCAUCUGUUUGAUGUGGAUAUAUCAAUCAUAAAUUCUCUGUUUACAGCGCCGAACAUGAAGAAUAUGAAUCUAUGCUGCACUAAUCCCAAAACCAAUGAAAACCAGAAUGUCUAUCCGUAUCAUAGAACAAAAAUUUCUAUUGAUAUAACACUGUCAAAAAAUCUGGAAGAACUUGAUUUUUCGGAAAACUAUUUACAUAAUGUCAAAAG